AUGGCUGCAUCAAGUUCAGGUGGACCCUCUAAACCGCAGGAGUUAGAGGCCCGUGUUAUAACAGCGGCACAAGAUAUAAUCAACAGGUUAGCUCAAAGUCUUCAGCAACCUAAUACCACAUGUAUACCAAAUGCUGAGCACUCUCACGAGCGCUCAGGUGGACAAGCCCAGACCCCAAAAGAUACAGUGCAGACGGAGAUGAUUAAUAAAAUGAUCACUGAAGAAUACCCCAAAAUGGAUGGAGUGCAAGGAUGGUUGUUGCACAAGUCCUCAGGUGGUCAAGGUAGGAGGAAACUUGUAGUAAUUCCUCCUGAUGUAAAUGGCUACACAGGAAGACUGAUCCGCAACAUUUCCAGUGCAGGAAAGACCCUCUUGUAUGUUGUUCCGCUGCAGCAGGACCUUGAUCUUACUCCUCUUCCAUCAGAUGCAGCUGAAUUUCAAACCAUGCCAAAGGCUUCUUGCCAGGUGUGCAAGGAAAGUAUGCCUCUGCAUAUCCUAGCACUCCAUGUCAACAAUUGUGUGAAGUCUCAGUCAACAGAAGAGGAAGAUGAGACUGAUGUCCAGCUUCUGUCUGUCAUGAAUUCACCAAGCUUUUGUAGAGAGCCUCUUGACAUGAAGCAGGACAUGAAAGAAUGCCCAAUCUGUCUUUGCUGCUUUCCAGUGAAUGAGAUUGCCCAGCAUGCAAGCCUGUGUGGUGAAAGACCUGAGGACACUUCCACUCACAUGACAGACGUUUAUGUCAGUACUGACUCUGAGUGCAGUGUGCCAAGCAACAGAACAGAUCCUUUGACUGAUUUAGUCAGUGAAGCAGAUGUGCUACAAUGGCUUUCAAGUCAGGUGGAUACCAGCAAAGACUUUAGGAUUUGCAUCACUCGGAAUGAUCUAGUUCAAAGAGGCUUCAUUCAGUGGCAACGACAGAAGAAGGGUUCCCCUGUCAACAAACUCCACGUGACUUUUAUCGGAGAAGCAGGAAUUGAUACUGGUGCAUUAAGCAAAGAAUUUUUGACUGAAAUGAUGCAUGGUAUUGAGACUCGACUGUUUGAAGGCAGUGGCAAGAAGGGAAAGAGUCCUGUCUACUCUAUCAGUGAUUUAGAAAAUAGUUUCUACAGAACUGCAGGAGAAGUGUUUUCAGUGAGCCUUGCACAGGGAGGUCCACCACCAUGCUUCCUUAGAAGCUGGUGUUAUCAGUUUCUUGCAACAGGAAACUUCGAUGCGCUUCAGCUGACCAAAGAUGAUGUGGAUGACACUGAAUAUAGGUCUCUAAUUGAAAAGGUGGAAGUGGCAGACAACCUGACAGACCUCACUGAAGACAUUGUGAGCUGUGGUUACACAGGACUUGUGAAGCUGGACAAACGGGACAGUAUAAUAAGAUCAAUUGUUGUGCAUGCUACGGUGCGUCUGACUCCAAUGCUACAGCAAAUUAGAAAUGGCAUGAAGAUCUACAACCUUCUGGAGGUGAUUGGAAGGCACGAAAGUCUCUGUUCAAACCUGUUUGUUCCCAGAGAUGAGAAUGAUGAUACAGCGCCGGAUGCUGAUUACAUAAUGAGCAUCCUUGAGCCUGAGCUGAGUGAGAGGGGAAGUCCAAGGCAUGCCAAAGAAAAUGCCAUCAUCAACUUCUUCCAAGACUUCCUGGAGAAUCUUGAAAGCUCAGGGCAUGAUUAUCCCACCCAUUUUUGAAAGUGUCAAGGUCCUUCUGCAGACGUUCCACAAAGAUGUACUGAGCACAGAACAGGUGGAGGCUGUUGGAGGGGUCAAGCAGGCAGUCUUCCUCAAGGUUGUGAAGUAGCUCAUAAUAAACACUGGUUACAGCCAUCCAGACAUCACGCCA